CAAACUUGACGCGCUCCUCGUCCCAGAGAGAAGCACCGAGGCUUCCCCGUCGCACUUUGCCCUCUUGUAUUGACGCUCAACGUGAGGAAGAAGAAGGAGAAGAAGGAGAAGAAGACGAAGAAGUGUUUUUUUGUCGGGGAUCCUUUGGCAUGUCAAGCGGCUGAAAAGGCUGACUUCUUUCCGUGGCCGUCAUGAAGAAGUCGCCGCGACGCUUCGUCGUCUCUCUGUGGACGUUUCUUCAUUUCACCGCCGUCUUGGAGGGCUCCCAUGCACACUGCAACUACGAGUCAUGUCCCAGCAACGUGACGGAACCUUUCAUGAAGACAACAGAAACAGAAGUCACACUCGCUUCACCGCCAAGCUGCAUUUUGUCCGUCGGGGGCAUCUCUGGAAAUGGGCGGCUCUCCGGCCUGACCCCUGGAGCCGUGUACCACAUCUUCCUCAACUGCUCAAGCUGCUGUCAAAAAGUCACCACGAGGCCUCGUCAAGCCACCAAUCUCAUGGUCAACAAUGUGACCACAUCGUCCAUAAGUGUGAGCUGGGCCAAGCCAGACGGGAACUGCUCGUCCUACGUGGUACACUGGAGUGAUGGCAAAGUUCAAGAAGAAGAAAAUGUUGUUACCACAACGAAAGACAUCACCGGCCUGACGGCCGGGACCUUGUACGAUAUAUUUGUAACCGCAGUGGCAGAUGAUGGCGAGACUCAAGGGAGCAACACGACUGUGUCUCAGUACACGAGACCAGGUAUUGUUCGUGACCACUCCGUUCACACCAACACAUCUUCAAUAUCUCUAAACUGGAUCCAGCCUGACGGCCAAGUGUUUACGUACGAGGUGAAGUGGGACAACGGAGGAGAGCGGCUAAUCAGACACACAAGUAACACCUAUGCAACGCUAUCAGACUUGGUCUCCGGCACAACGUACACAAUCACAAUAGUUUCCAUUGCUGGAGACAAGAAGACGGAGGGCGAUCCUUACACAUUCACCAGCGUCACAAAGCCUGCUGUAGUCAGGACUCUGAUGGUCACGGAUGUCACGACAUCAUCCGUAUCUCUGAGUUGGACCGAGCCGCUGGGAAACACAACCUUGUAUAAACUGCAGUGGACUUCAGAGGGGAAGACGGGCAGGGACAACACCUCGGAUAGCACCUUUACCAUCAAAGGUUUAAUCCCUGGACACCGCUACGACAUCACAGUGGCCGCUGUCGCAGGAAAUCCGCCAAACACAGAAGGAGAAGAAACCCCCAAAAGCACCUUUACAAUGCCCGAGAGGCCUGGAAACAUAACAGCUACACCAGGAACUGACAACAUAAGCAUUGUGUGGACCUUGCCUCGACCUGGAAGAGCAGAUAACUACGUGGUGAACAUCUCCAAUGAGAAUGUGUUAUAUUCCUCCAGCAAUACAACAACAGCCCAAACCGCUCAUUUUGGUGGUCUGGAUCCUGGAAGAGUUUAUCUGGUCACGGUCACUGCUGUCGCUGGAGACCAGAAGAACACAUCCCAGCGCGUCUCCUUUGCUACCAUUCCUACACCACCCGCCUCCCCAAAUAUCAGUCACAGGACCAACUCUUCACUUCACCUCAAAUGGGACACUCCCGCCGGGAUGGAGGGUGCGCCUCUCAUCAGUUACCUGGUCACCUACCAAGCCGCAGGGGGUGAAAUGCAAGUGACGAACACCAGCGACGACAGCGUAGUGCUGUCUCAGCUCUCCUCUGGAACGCUGUACAAUAUCCAAGUGGAAACAGUGGGCCCCCAAGGUUUGAUGAGCGGGCUUGUCCAUAUAUCCGGGUACACGGUGCCCAACCCUGUGUGGAACCUUGUGGCCACACCUUUGAACACAACUUCAAUAAAAGUGGCAUGGUCGUACCCGCAGGAAGUAAAAGCGGAAUACACAUACCGUGUUGAAACCUACAGCGCUCAAGGAACGCUUGUGAAAGACGUCAGCGUCAGUGAACGCAGCACUCACGUGCACGGCCUGGAACCAGGAACGAGAUACGACGUCAGUGUCACGACAUUAGCGGCAGCAGGAAGUGAAUCCACAGCAGAGCAGACAUUCACUUACACAAUGCCCGGAGCAGUGACUGGACUCACCGUGAAGGAUGUGAACGCAUCAGCCAUCACGCUGAAGUGGCUCGGGCCGAGUGACCACAAAGACUCCUAUUGCUACGUGCUGACAAUGUCGCAGGGUGACGCAACGCUUGGCAACGCUUCCUCUAAAACAGAAAGCUACACCUUUUCCGGCCUGACCCCCGGAGCACCGUAUGGGUUUCAGGUGUUCACCGUUGUGGAGGGGGUGAAGUCCACAGAGGAACGCACGUUCAGCUACACAAGGCCACUGGCAGUUCCUGACAUCAGUGUGAUCGGGACAACGACAAAUAUGUCUGUGUCCUGGCGUGCCCCAACCGGGCGGGUGGAUUCCUACAGCGUAUUGUUGUACACACACUCCGAGGCAAGUGCACGUACAGGUCUGAGCAACACCACUCGAAACACCAUAUUUGUGGACCUGAAAGCAGGAGUGCUGUACUGUGCGCUGGUGAUGAGUAGAAGCGGACCUUUAGAGAGCAACAGCACCAGCGUCUGCAAUGCAACUUUUCCAAACCCUCCCGGACACGUCGGUGUGGAGUCGCAGACUGUCCAUUCCAUUAACUUCACCUGGACUUUACCAGAUGGUAUGGACCAAAGUCAGUACCGCUUCAGCGUGUCCAGUGCCAGCGGCUCGUCAAUAACCGCAAACAACUGGUUUAUGCUGACCAAGCUUCAAUCUGGAACCCAGAAUUUCAUUUCUGUUCAAACGAUGGCUGCCCUGGCCUAUAAAAGCACAGCCGUGACAGCGUAUCAUUACACGAGACCGUACUCGGUGACCAUGCUCAGAGCGGCAGAAACGAGUACAGAUGCAGUGAUGUUGGUGUGGGAGCAGCCCGAAAGCAAGCCGGACUACUCUUACGUGGUGCACGUCAGCCAGGGAUGGUACAGUCUACCAUCUCAAGUGGUCUCCAGCACCUGGUGCAAUGUCUCCGGCCUCCUCUCUGGCGACAACUACACCUUCAGCGUCUCCACACAGGCAGCAGACGGCACUCUGGCCGCCCCACGGGUCAAGUCGUUCUACACACGACCGUUUGCGAUCACUGAGCUGGAGGCUCACACCGUAAACUCAACAGCGAUACGUCUGAUUUGGACAAAGCCGCCGGAACACAAGCCCGAGUACACGUAUCGGGUGGAGACAUCCCACUGUGGCGCUCACAACAAAACGGUGGAUGAUCAAGUUGCACUGAUCUCUGGACUCCAUCCCGGGACACGGUGCAAUUUCUCUGUUUUUGCCCAAGCAGGGGGUGGCAUCGAGGGGCGAGCACGCCACAUCUCUCAGUACACAAAACCGGAGGCGGUACAACCCAGCAUCUCCAGUCAAGGCUUCAGUACGUCCGUUCUGGUGUGGUGGGUGAGCCCACCUGGCAACAUAGAUCACUACACCGUCCAUCUCAACGGGUCCUCCAGGCCAACGCAGAUGCCGUCCAGCAGCAACUCCGUCCUGUUUGAGGGUCUGUCUGCCGGAAGCCUCUACAGCGCCAUGGUCACGUCCCACAGUGGACCAUUCAAUGCGUCAUCACAGUUGGUCACGAAUGCGACCUUUCCAAACCCACCCGGGCCUCUGGAAGUCCUGACAAAGACCACAAAGUCAAUCCAAGUCAGGUGGUCAGACGCUCCCCUGAUGCCUGAAGGAUCGUUCUACUACCAGCUGACUAGAACGCCGUCCGAGGGACGCGGAUGCGUAAACACGACUAACACCAGUCAUACGUUUGAGCCCCUGCCUUCCGGGACACCCUUCAACAUUUCCAUAACCACCGUGGGGGUGUUGGGCUUUAAGAGUGAAAAGGUCCACUCCUGCUUGGUCACCACAAAACCUCUGAGUGUGAAGUUUCUCAGCACGUCCGAGGCAGAGGAAAACAUCACGGUCGUGUGGACUCGCCCCGAUGAACACAAGGAAGGCUAUGUUUACAACUUGACAUGGCAGGGCUCCGAUUGGCCGAUGAGUGGCAACAGCGUCACCGACCAAACGGUGCAGACCAUCCAAAACCUGGAGCCCGGCAGCAGCUAUAACUUUACUGUCGUCUCGGAGACGCCGGAUGGAACGCAGAGUGGCCCCGCCUCCAUUGCCACAUGCACAGAUGCGAGCCCGGUGAGAAAUGCGACAUGUGAAGGCCCAGACAAAAGAAAUGCAGAAAUCGUCUUGUCCUGGACUCAGCCGAGGGGUCGGUUCCAUGGCUUUCGGAUCACUGUGAAUGACACGGGAAUGAUCAUCGGGACAAUUCCAUGCAACCAGAGCUGUAGCCAAAGCAUCUCCAACCUCAGCCACGCCACGCCAUACCAGCUCGUGGUGGAGACGCUGAGCUGUGGACGACCCGCCGCUCCGGCGUCUCUCCGCUGCAUGACCGGCAUCACAGACCCACCAAUUCCAGUAAAUUACGAGUCACUGACGAGUGUGAACGCCAAACAACACAACCGGUUCACCAUCCAAAUCAACUCCAGCCUCCUGCUGGACACGCAUGGGCCAAUCACUCACUUUGGCGUGCUGCUCACGGAUGACGUCGACGGCGCUGACACGGCUAAUGCGAGCCAGUACUUGGGGAGAACAUACCAACAGUGGCUGGACAAAGACACCCCGGUAUACCUUGCGACGGUCCAGAGGAGGCAGGUCGUGUCACGCCAUCCAGGGACCAAUCUCUUGGUGGACGUAGGAGAUGGUUCCCAGUGGGAGGGCUACACCAAUGGGGCACUUCGUGCCAAUGGGAGAUACCGGUACGCCAUUGUACUGUUCACUCGAUUGAGCGUCCAAGACAGCCUGGUGAAGGCGGGGUCAUCGGGGUCAUCGGGGUCAUCGGGGUCAUCGGGGUCAUCGGGGUCUAUGGCCUCCAUCUCUAAUUUCUAUCCUCCCGUCAAGCUUCCACAGGACCCAGUCGUCAGUGUUGCAGUCGGAGCAACGCUGGGAAUUUUCUGCGCUCUCUUCAUCAUUCUUAUCGGCUUCAUCGUCUACUGGAAGAGGUUAUCCAGUAAAGAAUCAUCAGACAUUCAGAUUCACUCCAUGAGAGGCAGAGUGAGUGCAGCAGUGAGCGUGGAGGACUACGAAGCUUACUACAGGAAGCAAAAAGCAGACUCCAACUGUGGUUUUGCUGAGGAGUUUGAGGACAUAAAGCUUGUGGGUGCGUGUCAGUCCAAAACAAACGCUCUGACACAAGAGAACAAGGCCAAGAAUCGCUACAACAAUGUGCUUCCCUAUGAUUCCUCUCGUGUGAAACUCUCCAUCAUUCACGGGAGCCCCCACGACGACUACAUCAAUGCUAACUACAUGCCGGGUUACAACUCCAGGAAGGAGUUUAUCGCAGCUCAGGGUCCCUUGGCCGGCACUGUCAAGGAUUUUUGGAGGAUGAUAUGGGAGAAGAAUGUGCACACCCUGGUCAUGCUGACACGCUGCAACGAACAGGGAAGAGUGAAAUGUGAGCAGUACUGGCAUUCAGGAAGCAAACACUUUGAAUACAUCUCAGUCACAACAACCUCUGAAAUACCACUUGAUGACUGGACCAUCCGGGACUUUAACAUAAAAAACGUGAAAACGGCAGAGACUCGUUUAGUUCGCCAGUUCCACUUCACAGCCUGGCCUGACCACGGAGUCCCCCAAACCACUGAGCUCCUCAUCAGCUUCAGACACCUGGUCCGAGAGCACAUGAACCAGUAUUCCACUAACUCUCCCACUGUGGUCCACUGCAGUGCCGGGGUGGGCCGCACAGGCACCUUCAUAGCCAUCGAUCGCCUGAUCUUCCAAAUUGAAAUUGACAACAUUGUGGACGUGUACGGAAUCGUGCAUGACCUACGCAUGCACCGCCCCCUCAUGGUGCAGACGGAGGACCAGUAUGUGUUUUUAAACCACUGUGCAAUAGACAUCAUCCGAUCAAGGACGGGAACUAAUGUGGAUCUCAUCUACCAAAACACGGCUGCGCUCUCCAUUUAUGAGAAUGUGGAACCCAAGAAAGUACGGAUGCCACAAUGAAUAUGAAUAAGCCCAGGAAAUAUUACAAAUAUGGAAUAUUGGAGAUAGUAGAAUAAACACCAAAGACCCUACGUCAACGACCAAAUGUUUUCUGUAAGAUAUUUGAAGGAUGUGGCUGUCCACCUGAAUUAUUGUUGAGGCUCAGGUACAUUGGAGACAGUAUGGGUAUUAUUACUGACACUUUUAAAGUGUAAUAAGAAAUGCUCCAUCAUUGGUGGAACUGCAAUGUGGCUUUAUACCAGCAGAUGGCACCCUAGUUGCCAUUGUCUUCCAAUGUAAACAAACAUAAGUGAAUAUAAUAUCAACAUUUUUGAAUGGCUUUGCACUAUCAAAGUUACUUUUGGUUAUUUAUAUGCACAAAUGUCGAUAAUGCACUGGAUGCAUUCAUGUUUUUUUAAUUUCACAUUACACUGCACAAUAAUGUGUUUGUUUGUGCAUUUUCCAUUGGACAGGUACAUUCUUCUGAUUAUUUCAGUGUAAUUAAAGAAGUAUGAAAGCACUUGAGUUUUUAAGAAAAUACAGGAUACAAGUCACAAAGAAUGUGCACAAUGUCUUAAUUAUUAUGAUUUGUUUUAUGAUUUUAUUUUUAUGAUGUGUUCUGAGAUGCUUGCUGGUACAAUGCAAUCCUGUAAACGUUGUUAUUUGUGUGGCAAUGAAGCAAAAUAGGAAGUGGACCUUAUGCUGGUGUA